CCAAAAAUAUUCACUAUUCAACAUUCAUUUUGUUUUGCUUCACAAAAACAAAAAAUCUCAACUUUCUAUUUUUCACAUAAAAAAAUAAUCUAUAAAUUAUUUUCCAUUAAAAUUUUUAUCAAAAAAAAUGGUUGCAACAAACGAAACACCAAUACCAACCGAAGACGAACAAGCUCCUGGUCAAGUACUAGGCGAUCUAAUCAUGCAAUUAGAAGACUACAUACCAACUGUCCCAGAUGCAGUUUCUGCCAAAUUUCUAAAUGCAGCUGGCUUUGAAGCAACUGAUCCAAGAAUUAUACGAUUAAUGUCUGUUGCAGCACAGAAAUUUAUUUCUGAUAUUGCUAAUGAUUCUUUGCAACAUUGCAAAACACGAACAAGCAAUACUCAACAUUCUUCAGGACACGGAUCAUCCAAAGGUCAGAAGCCAUCAAAGGACAGGAAAUACACUCUUGCUAUGGAAGAUUUGACUCCAGCUUUGGCUGAUUAUGGUAUUACUGUUAGAAAACCACAGUACUUUGUCUAGAACGGACGACGAAGAGAAUUCAUUUUUUACAAAAAUAAACAAAUUUUUAAAGUUUAGUGUUCUGAUUCCAUUGGAAUUCGAAACAAAACAAAUGAAAUAAAUGUCAAAAAAUGGAA